GGUAUAGAGAGUUACGCUUAGCUCAACCUAGUUUUCGCCAGUGUCACAGUGCUAUUUUUCGGCUCACCAGUGGCAUAGUUUGGAUAGAGUAUGUUCAAUCCUAUAUUAUAAUAUGGGUUUAAGCCAGUGACAGGCGGGAGCAAACAGGGUGUUUAAGCCGGGGGCGAAACAUGCCCCACCGACGCCUUCGUGGAGUUGGGGCUGAGGAAGAGCAAGGAGGAUGCACACGCAUAAAGCAAGAAGCCAUGGGGGUACUACGGAUUGUCAAGCGGUAUCCGUCGACGCUGCUGCUCCCCUUGGCUGUUCUUGGACUAGUGCUGGGCAUCGGGGUAUGGGAGGCGCUGCGCGUGGGACAGCUGGACCAGCAGCAUGAACAGGAGCGCGCACAGAGCCUGGCGCUUGACUUGGCUGUGUGGUACAAGAGCAGACUCACGGGCCCCAACAGCCCUGUGAGUCUCGCGGCUGCCGCGGUGCAAAGUACGCCGCAAUGGGCGGCGCUGAAUGCGACGCUGCAGACGCUGGGGCCGAUCAUUGCGGCUCAGCAGGUCCAACACAACAGCACAGUGAUGUUGCAGUACAUGCCGCACGGCUUCGUACAGCUAUCGUAUGGGCUGCAAGGACAUGUCAAUACCUCGCUGGGCGCAGAAGUCUUCGCAGACGAUGAAGAGCGGGCAGUGGCAAUCCAGAGUGUAAAGGAGCGCUCCGUAGCUGUGCGUGGGCCGUACCGUACCCCGGAUGCUGCACGUGUGGCGAUUGUGCGGCAGCCAAUCUUCAUUUCGGGCGUAGACGCCGACGAGACUUUUGGUCUACCUGAACCCGUCAGCCCGUUUUGCGAUGGGGCGUGUGCGUACAACGUCACCACCCGUACAGCCUGGUGGGGCUUUGCCGCGGCCUGGGUGGACUUGGACGCCUUGGCCCUGGAGGAGUCCUCGGCUGUGGCCGCGCUGCUGCGCGACGAGUACUAUUUCGAGGUCGUGGCCGUAAACAGUUCGUCACCAGGGGUUCAGGUCGGAACCGUCAUCGCAUCCAGCGGCAAACCCCAGAAUCCCGUGGAGUGCCCAUUGGUCUUGCCCUUCAACGAGUGGGUGGUGCGUGUGGCCCCCGAGGACGGCUGGAGCAGCCCGCACUACCAGGGCCUGCUUGCGGGCGUGGUGGUGCUGGCGGUGGUCGUCAGCGGGGCGCUGUUCGCGGCGUUAGUCAUGUGGCGCCGCUACCAGCUGCUGCUGGAGUCCCUGCUGCCCAAGGAGGUCAUUCGCGACCUGCACCAGCUCAACAACAAGGCGGGGGAGGCGGGCCUGGCGCCGCACAUGCCCGGUAUGGCGGCAGAGACGGUGGCUGACACGAUGCUGGGUCUGCUGGAGGCGGUGCUGGCGGGACAGAUGCCGGCACUGGCGGAUGUGGUGCAGGUGCAGCAGGCGCUGCUGCGCGGCAGGGACGUGUACGAGGUGGUCGGGCUCAAGCAGCACAUGGAGGCGGCGCACCUGGACGCGGAGGUGGCUCGCAACCUGAUGCUGCAGCUGGGCCACGCCGCCUCCUCCAACCUGGAGUACGAAUGCGACGAAGACGGCGAGGGCGGCUGGUGGGCGGCCGGCGGCGGCGACGACGUGCAGCCCAGUCACCCCAGCGCCAAGCCCAGCCAGACCCACACCUCGCGGCACGCGCAGCUGACGGCGGCGCAGAACGCCGACUGCGCCACCCUCACCGGCGCGCUGGCGCUCAUCCUCACGCCGCAGCCGGCCGGCUGGGGGUCGGAGCUGCCAGGAGGUGCUAGCGCCUAUGGCGUUAGCGCCUAUGGCGCUGGCAGUGCGGCGGAGGCGGGCAGCGAAGCCAACAGCGAGGCCACCGCGCCGGCCGCGAAUGCGGACAUAGAGGCGGCGGCGGAGGCGAGCCGGUCCUCGGGCUUUGGCAUGGCUGGCGGCCCUCCCAACGCCGCGGCUGCCGGCGCCGUACACAGCAGCGGCCAGGGUCAGGGCAGCAGCACGGUCACCCUCGGCGGCCGCAUUAAGCACUUCAUUCGGACGUCCGUGCCCUCCCUGACGCAGCCCUCAGCUGCCAACGGAACCGCCAGCGCGGCGUCCACUGCUGCUGCGGCAAGCCCGUUUAUGACUGGCGGCUUGGGCAGCCACGGCCCGGUAUUGGGGCAGGGCCGGUUCCGUCGCUGCAGUCUGGACCCCCAGAUGCUACAGGCCGGGAUCCCGGUGUCGGAACCGUCGCUGCCGCCGCUGCCGGCCGCGGGUGUGGCGGCGGUGGCUGUCGCUUCCUCCCCUGGGGCGGGCUCGCUGCGCUCGCCGGUGGGCUCCCGGCGCCCUAACAGCGUGGCGCCCGACCAGCACCUACAGCACCACCAUCAUCAUCACCAGCGCCAGUCAUCGCUGUCGCAGGCACCCCAGUCGCGGCUGACCGCACCAGAGGGCCUGCCGCUCGUAGGAUACUCGCCUGUGGCCACGGCAGGGGCAGCAGCGCAGGCCACUCGACAAGAGCGCACAGACGCCUGGGCUGCAGGGCAGGACGGCAGGUCCAGCAUAUCCAAGGCGCUGUUCGAAGGCGCUCGCCUCGGCAUUGCCGAGGAUGCCGCCGAUCUAAGCAGCGCCCCAGCUCCGGAUGACAGGCUGGCGGGCGCCGAUGUGUCGGGCCCCCUGGCGCCAAUGCGAGUGAACAAGGUGCGCCGGCCGCCGCGCCGCGUGGCCAGCGCCCUUGCGCAGCUGGGCCAGCCGUCGCAGCAGCUGCGCCGCCGCAGCCUGUUGCUCAACGCAGCGGCGGUGGCGGAGCACUUGGGCGGGGCGGUCCCCAUCAGUGGCAGCGGUCCGAGUGGCGGCUCGACAGGGGCGUCCCUGCAGCCGAGCUCCUUGCGUGCCGCCUCCAGCCAGCGUAUCCAGCUCGGCAGCGCGGCGCUGACGAACCCCAACACUGAUGUGCCGCGAAUCAUUAUUGACGGCCCGGCGCCGGGGGCCGCUGGGGCCGUUGGCGGCGGCGGCGGCGGCAUGGCGGAGCACUCCGGGGCGCCAGGGGAGCGGCUGACCGACAUGAGCACGCUGCGCAACAGCCGGCGCAGCAUUUUCAUCUAUCCUCAGGACAUGCCCGCGGCCAGCCGGCGCAGUCUGUUGGGCGCCGCGCCUGGAUGCGGUGGCGGCGUGGGCGGCGUGGCAGCGGCGCAGAGCCGGGGGGCGGCGGCGCAGCCGCCUCCUGCCGCCAUCAUCGAAGAGGUGGAGAAGAUCCUGGCGGGCGCCGACAGCUGGCAGUUCAACACAUGGGCGCUCCGGGAUGCGACCGGCGGCUUCCCCCUGUCGGCUCUGGGCUUCUACCUCAUUCAGCGCGCGGGGCUUGUCAGCCGCUUCCAUCUGAAGCCGGUAAUCCUGGCAAGGCUGCUACGCCACAUCGAAAGCGGGUACAUAGACAACCCCUACCACAGCGCCACGCACGCGGCGGACGUGCUGCAGACGCUGCACGUGAUCCUCCACGGCGCGCAGCUGCAGGCGCACUACCUCAACCCGCUGGGGCUGCUAGCUGCAUACAUGGCGGCGAUCAUGCAUGACUAUGCGCACCCCGGCUUGACCAACGACUUCUUGAUCGCCACAUCCGACCCGCUGGCGGUGCGCUACAACGACCGCUCGCCGCUGGAGAACCACCACGCCGCCGCCUCCUUCGCGGCCAUGCGGCGGCCCGAGCUGGACGCACUGGCGCCGCUCAGCGCCGAGCAGCGCAAGGAGUUCAGGAAGCUGGUGAUUGACAUGAUUCUGGCCACCGACAUGAAGCAGCACUUCGCGCUGCUGUCCCAGUUCAACACGCAGCACCGGCUGACGGCGUUCAAAGCCGCCGACCACAAGGUCCCCUCGCCGCGCGGCUCGCGGGAUCACUGCUCAGACCUGCACGGCGGCGGCGCCGUCAGCGGGGCCGUUGCCGGCGGAGGCAGCGGCGAUGACCACGCGGCGGCGGCGGCGCCCAAGCCUUCUGACGAGACGGAGCGGCUGUUAAGCUUGCAGCUGGCCAUCAAGGUGGCUGAUCUAGGUCACCUGGGCGAGUCGCUGGAGGUGCACAAGCGCUGGCUGACCGGCCUGGAGGAGGAGUUCUUCCGGCAGGGCGACAAGGAGAUCGAGGCGGGACUUCCCAUCAGCCCCCUCUUCGAUCGGUCAAAGCAGGGCGUCAGCAAAAGCCAAGUCGGGUUUUAUGAGUUCGUGGCGCUGCCCCUUGCGCACGCUCUCACCACCGCCUUCCCGGGAGCCGCGCCGCUCAUGCGGUGCUUCGAGUCAAACUACCUGCAUUGGAAGGCCGUCGACGCGGCAGCGGCUGCUGCCGCCCCGGCAUCACCUGCCGCUGGCUUGACGGCCACCUCGUCUACGCUGGUGCGCGCGCAUCCGCCGGAGCACGGGCGCCGUGAAGCGUGAAUCAUUGAACGGCGGCUUGCGCGGCAAGCCAUGAGGCGGUAGCAACAACGCAUGGAUGCUAAUGAUAACUCAAGGUUCGCUGCUGUUUGGCGCAUCCCGGCGCCAAAGGCCAUUGCGCAAAUGGAUCGUGCUGAAGCAUGCUGGAUUAGAGGUAGCAACAGGUGCGUCCAAGGACCGUAUUGUUUAUGAUGGCAAGCAUUGAAGCAUGCAUUUAUUUAUAGCUUCAUCCCAUGGGCUUGAUUGCUCUCUCUUGAUGGGCGCACGGCGUGCCAUGUUACUGAUACGUGAUACGGUAACGUGCUUCCGUUUUUAUAGCCGGGAGCCCCAUGCCGCGAUGGCUUUCCUUUUGGCUCCGAGGUUACAGGAACCGUGUAGCUCGCAUACACUUGUCCGGGGUAGUAGCAGGGCGCAGGCGCAAAAGCAUGUCUAUGCAAAAUUGCAGCGUUGGUAGAUGCUUAGAUGCUGGAUGUGUCGUUAGUGAGAAGCGGACAGUGCGUCCCAUGCCAGUCUGGAUGGUGGCCGCUCCGUGCGGGUGGGGCGCGACGCCUGGAUGAGGGGACAGGGGGCCGAGGGCCCCGCUACCUCCCGAGACCAGAAAAGAUGAGGAGGCCGCGGACGUGGUUCUGCCAGAACGUUGCGUAGAAGGCUAGUUGAUUUUAGCGGGCUCCUUUCUCCUCUCUAGCAAACAGCGCAUUCGUGCUUCUGCCACGUGCGGUCAGCCCAUCAGCAUGGACGGCUGGUUCGGGCUGAUGGAAGCAUGCGGGGAAAGCCCAGCGGCGCCAUGGCGGUCGGAGUGAUCGGGACCCUUGGGUCCCAUGGACGCGCGUAAGUAAUGUCGCUUGCGCUGAACACUUAGCCCUUUAAUU